AUGCUGAAGCUCGCCCUCCGUCAAAGUACCGUGGCCCUGGGACUGCAAUACCUCCAGGUUGCCGCCUCCCUCCUGUUUGUGGUGCUGUACGUCUGGAGCACAUAUUCGCCGCCAGUUCCACACUCCCUGCGCGCCCGCAUGGAUAUACUACUGUGCGCCAUCUUUGCCGUGGAGUACCUGCACCGGCUGCUGGUCCUGCACACCAGCCUCGCCUCCCGCCUGCGAAUGGCCACUUCCUGGUGGAACCUGUGCGAUGCCGCGGCCUUCCUGCCACCACUCCUGGAGGCGGUGCUACAGCCCUUCACCGGCUUUUCGCUGGGCUGGCUGGACCUGCGCGCCCUCAAGGUCCUCAGGUCCAUGCGAGUGAUGAGGAUUGGGCUGCUGGCAUCGGAGCUCUCCUCCCUCCAUCUCUCCACCAAGCGCGGGGCGUGGCUGGCCGCAGGCGCAAACUUUCGGCUGUUCCAGCUCAUCGCCUCCAUUUUCAUCCUGCUCUUCACCACGAGCUCUGUGAUCCAGCUGGUGGAACGAAUCCCCUUUGAUCAAGCGCUGUACCUGGUCCUGACUACCCUCACCACCGUCGGGUUUGGAGACAUUGUGGCCUACACCAUCCUUGGCCGCCUCGUCAUCCUGGUCAUGAUCUGCGUGGGCGUGGUGCUGAUCCCAGUCCAGGCCGCGCAGCUGUACAGCGAGCUGGCCUCGCGCAGGAUGGUCCAGGGGACGGUGCCCAAAGAUGCCGCGACGCCCUUCGUCCUGUUGUCCACCCGGCUCAGCGAGAUCCGUGCCUUCUCCGACCUCUUUGCCGAGUUCCAGGCGGCGAUGGAGGAGAGCGUGCUCCCCCUGUCCACGAGAAUGGAGCUACAUGAACGCUCAGUCACGCUGCUGGAGGGAUCGGCCAUCUCUUCCGAGGACCUGGUGACUGCCCAUGCCGAGAAGGCGCGUGCCAUCCUCCUCCUGGCAGAUCGAUUCACCACAGAUGCUCACCAGGAAGACCUGAGCAUCCUGUUCCAGGUCUGGGCCUGCAAGGGGUACACCUCGAAUGUGCCACUGUAUGUGCAGACGUUGCGCCAGAGCACAGUGACCCAGAUCCGGCCCUUUCUGGACCCCAGUCAAGACAUCGUGGUGUCCCUGGAGCAGACGCGGUACAGACUGCUUGCCCUCUCCGCCGUCUGCCCCGGGGCCACGACGCUCCUGGGCAAUCUCCUGCGGAGCUCAGACGUCCAGCCGCUGUCAGUGUUGGAGAACAAGCCCGCGCCGCGCAGGUGGCUGCGCAGCUACAUCGACGGCUGCGCCGACCAGUUCUGCGAGGCCCUGCUGCCGGAGCAUCUGGCGGGCCGUGCCUUCCGUGACGUGGCGAGCUGGCUCUUCACCACCUCCGGCCUCGUCCUCAUCGGCAUCGUGGAAGAGGGCAAGUGGCCCCGCCUGCGGCUGAACCCCGGCUGCGCUCAGCUUCCCCGCGGCUGCCAGGUGCUGGUAAUCGGACAGAGCGAGGUGGAGGUGUGCGAGGCGCUGCAGAGACCCUACUUUGGUCGCCCCUCCCCCAGGGGCCGAGGGGCGAUGGGCGCGGCGAAGCCUCGGCAGGCGCCAGCGGCCUCCCCGGGCGAGGCAGCUGCGCAUGCAGCCCCAAGCGGCGCCCCGGCGCCCCCCGACCCCUCCCCAGCCCCCUCUGGGAACGAGUGCAGCAGCCCCGAGGGCUGCAGCGUGGUGGAGGCGGUGAAGCGCACCGCGCUCACCGAGCACAUCAUCCUGGCGGGGUCGGAGCCGUCCUUCUGCCCCUUCGUGCGCUACCUGCGCCGCGCCUGCAGCGACCCCCACACGCCCAUCGUCGUGCUGCACCCCACCCGCCCCCUGGAGCUGUGUGAGGGCGGCGUGGAGGAGGCCGGCCCCGUGCAGUGGGUGCAGGGCUCGGCCGCGGAGCCCUGGGCGCUGUCCGCCGCGGGGGCCGGCCGCGCGCGAGCGCUGGUCUACCUGGCCAAGGACACGCGCCCCGUCAGGUCCGCGCAGGCCACAGGUUCGAGCCCAGCGCUGGUGAGGUCAACACGCGAGGCGGUGCUGGAGGACGCCGAUGCGCUGCUGGCGUGCUACGGGGUCGGGGAGGAAAGCGGGGCACGGCUCACGCACACCGUGGUGGAGCUCCUCUUCACCACCUCGAUAGAGUUCCUCCAGCCCGGCCUGCUGCUCCGCGGCGUGGACUUUGGGGACGUGGGGUCACGUGACGUGCGGGGUGUGCCACGCCGCUCCUGGGCGCUGCGCGCCUCCCAGCAGGCCGCUUCGGUCGCGGCGGGGCUCACCGAGUGGCAGGCCAAUCCCUACUACUGCGCCGGGCGCGUGACCGUGCCCGCCCUGAUGGACGCCUUCCUCUGCUCCAACUUUGUCAACAGGGGCCUGCCGCGUGAGACCCUGGCGGAGCUGGCGGGAGAUGGCCCCUCGGGGGGCACGGGCGGCGCGGCGCUGCUGCAGAUACCGGUGCCGCCCGAGCACCGUGGGAAGCCGUACGGGGUCCUGUUCCACAACCUCCUCGCCGAGCAGGGCCUCAUCUGCCUCGGCCUCCUCCGUGAAAAGUCGGAGACCCCCAGCAGCCGCCUGCCCUACGUGGUGACUAACCCCGCAGCCAGCGCGAUCCUGGAGGAGACGGACCGGGUGUUUGUGCUGCGCCAGCCCAACCAGGAUGCCUAG